ACGAAACAAAAGCACAUGCUAAUUACUCCCAAGCAGCAUUUGGAAUCGCCAGUUCACCAGGUCUACUUCAUCAGAACCCUGCUGUGCUCCGUACCUGGUGACCUCCUCAUGGCUGUGCUGGUCAGAAGAUGGAAACGUCUUCUGCUGAUCAACGCGGUGGCUUUGGUUGCGGUGCUGACCGUGUGGACCAUCAUCUGCACCUACAACUUCCAAAUCAUCCUGCAUCCGCAGCUGAAGGACACGGUGUUAGGACUCAACAAAGAUCUGUCCAAACAACUUGGCCUGAUUGAGGGCAAAGGCACAGACACCAACCUGCCCCAUCUGACCUCAGACGAGGAGAAUGUAGCCCAGAAUCUGAGCCUAAAGUACGGCUAUAACGUCUACCUGAGCGACAAAAUAUCUCUGGACCGGACCAUCAUGGGUUUUAAACCCAACGGAUGCCAAGAGUUGACCUACCCGAGCAACCUCCCCCAGAUGUCCCUCAUCUUCAUCUUUGUCAACGAGGCACUGUCGGUCAUCCUGCGCUCGGUGCACUCAGCCAUCAAUCACACGCCGCCCCACCUGCUGAAGGAAAUCAUCCUGGUGGACGACCAGAGCGACGACGAGCAGCUGAAAGGACCUCUGGAAAAAUACAUGAAGAUACGCUACAAUGGCCUGGUCAAGUUCGUCAGGAACCAGAGGAGGGAGGGUCUGAUUAGGGCCAGAUUAGAAGGCUGGAAGGUGGCCACCGGCGAGGUCACAGGCUUCUUUGACGCCCACAUGGAGUUUACCCCAAACUGGGCCGAGCCGGUUCUUGCCAGAAUCAAAGAGGACCGCACGAGGAUCGUCCUGCCGGCCAUCGACAACAUCCAUCACCAAACCUUCGAGGUGGAACGCUUCAUCAACCUGGCCCACGGCUUUGACUGGCAGCUGUGGUGCAUGUACAUGAAGGCCCCCAAAGACUGGAAUGACCUAAAGGACCCCACAGCCCCCAUCAGGAGUCCGUCCAUGAUCGGCUGCUCCUUUGUGGUGGACAGAGUCUACUUUGAGGAACUGGGCCUGUUCGACGCGGGCAUGAACAUUUAUGGAGGGGAGAACGUGGAACUAGGCAUCAGGGUGUGGACGUGCGGGGGCAGCAUGGAGGUUCUCCCAUGUUCCAGAGUGGCUCACAUCGCUCGCUACAAAAAGCCGUACUUGACCGAUGACAUCUACGCCAUCAUGCGGCGUAACGCCCUGCGCGUGGCCGAGGUGUGGAUGGACGAGUUCAAGCACAACGUCUACAUGGCCUGGAACAUCCCCAUGAAGAAUCAUGGCAUCGACUACGGGGACGUCUCUGAUAGGGUGGCGCUGAGGAAGAAGCUGCAGUGUAAGGACUUCAAAUGGUACCAGGAGAACAUCUACCCGGAGCUAAAGAACUACAUUGACACCAUCACAUACGGAGAGAUGCGCAACUCCAAAGCCAAACAUCUGUGUUUGGACCAGGGGGUAAGGGAGAACUACACGGCCAUCUUGUUCCAGUGCCAUGGGUUGACUCCUCAGGUGUGCGAUGGUCCCUGCGCCCCAGGAGCUCCAAACACAGGCACUAUAACACGAAGAAGGGAGGCAGCAGAAAGACAGCUGGUUCGUUUCACCACCAAGGGUCAGCUGAUGUUGGGCGCGCUGGGCUUCCACAACUGGUACGCUCUCUGCUUAGUGGACGACCGCCAGAGUUUCCUACCGCGGCUCCUGCCCUGCAACAAGGUGACAGAGGUGCUGACGAGCUUGUGGCUCUACACUCCGAACGGCAGGGUGCGAAACGCGGGCACAGGUCGCUGCUUGGAGGUGGUGAGCACCGGGACCGACCCCUUCUUCAAGGUGGUGAUGCAGAAUUGCUCCGGACAGAUGUGGUCCAUUAGUCCGGUCCACGUCCAACCAUGAUGCACCACGCUGCAUGUCUUGUUCAGAAACAUUUCUGCUCUGUAGGAGGCGCUGUGAGCAUUAGAAAUAAUGGGAGCAAAUUAUUCCGUCGCAAAUCACCCAAUGUGUGUGCACCUUAAAUGACUACAUAACCUAAUGAUAGAACUCUACUGUACAGUACACAUCAUACACUAGUACUAUUACUAUGAGUACACAUCAUACACUAAGUACUAGUGCCACAUGUACACAUCAUACACUAAGUACUAGUAACACGAGUACACAUCAUACACUAAGUACUAGUACCACAAGUACACAUCAUACACUACUGAUGAUGCCAUGAGUACACAUCAUACACUACUAAUGGUGCCAUGAGUACACAUCAUACACUAGUACUAAUACCAUGAGUACACAUCAUACACUAGUACUAGUACCACGACCAUGAGUACACAUCAUACACUACUAAUGGUGCCAUGAGUACACAUCAUACACUAGUACUAAUACCAUGAGUACACAUCAUACACUAGUACUAAUACCAUGAGUACACAUCAUACACUAGUACUAGUACCACGACCAUGAGUACACAUCAUACACUAGUACUAGUACACAUCAUACAUGGGGCGAUAUAGCUUGGUUGGUAGAGCGGCCGUGCCAACAACUUGAGGCUUGCAGGUUCGAUCCCCGCUUCCGCCAUCCUAGUCACUGCUGUUGUGUCCUUGGGCAAGACACUUGCUCCCAGUACUACUCACACUGGUUUAAAUGUAACUUACUAUGUAAAGCGAUUUGAGUCACUAGAGUAAAAGCGCUAUAUAAAUAUAAUUCACGUCACACUUCACAUCAUACAUUACUACUAGUACCACAACCAUGAUUACAUUACUACUAGUACCACAACCAUGAGUACACAUCAUACACUAGUGCUUGUACCACGAGAUGAGUACACAUCAUACAUUACUACUAGUACCACGACCAUGAGUACGCAUCAUACACUAGUGCUAUUACCACAACAAGAAGUAUACAUCAUACACUACUACUAUUACCACAAACAUGAAUACAAAUCAUACACUAGAACUAUUACCACGACCAUGAGUACACAUUAUACAUUAGUACUAUUACCACGAACAGAAGUAUACAUCAUACACUAGUACUAUUACUACAACCAUGAGUACACAUCAUACACUAGUACUAUUACCACGACCAUAAGUUUACAUCAUACACUAGUACUAUUACCACGACCAGAAGUAUACAUCAUACACUACUACUAUUACCACAAACAGAAGUACACAUCAUACGCUAUAAUUAUUACCACGACCAUGAGUACACAUCGUACACUAGUACUAGUACCACGACCUGAAGUAUAUAUCAUACACUAGUACUAUUACCACAACCAUGAGUACACAUCUUACACUAGUACUAGUACCAUGACCAGAAGUAUACAUCAUACACUACUACUAUUACCACAACCACGAGUACACAUCAUACACUUGUACUAUUACCACAAACAGAAGUACACAUCAUACACUAGUACUAUUACCAUGACCAUGAGUAAACAUCAUACACUAGUACUAUUACCACAAACAGAAGUACACAUCAUACACUAUUAUUAUUACAACGACCAUGAGUACACAGCAUACACUAGUACUAUUACCACAAACAGAAGUACACAUCAUACACUAUUAUUAUUACAACGACCAUGAGUACACAUCAUACACUAGUACUAUUACCACAAACAGAAGUACACAUCAUACACUAUUAUUAUUACAACGACCAUGAGUACACAUCAUACACUAGUACUAUUACCACAAACAGAAGUACACAUCAUACACUAUCAUUAUUACUACAACCAUGAGUACACAUCAUAUACUAGGACUAGUACCAUGACCAGAAGUACACAUCAUACACUACUCAUAUUACCACGACCAUGAGUACACAUCAUACACUAGUACUAUUACCACAAACAGAAGUACACAUCAUACACUAGUACUAUUACCACGACCAUGAGUACACAUCAUACACUAGUACUAUUACCACAAACAGAAGUACACAUCAUACACUAGUACUAUUACCACGACCAUGAGUUCACAUCAUACACUAGUACUAUUAUUCACUUCACUUCACUUCACUACUAUUACCAACAAACAGAACUACACAUCAUACGCUAUUAUUAUUACCACAACCAUGAGUACACAUCAUACACUAGUACAAUUACCACAAACAAAAUUACACAUAAUACACUAUUAUUAUUACCCCGACCAUGAGUACACAUCAUACACUACUAUUACCACAAACAGAAGUACACAUCAUACACUAUUAUUAUUACAACGACCAUGAGUACACAUCAUACACUAGUACUAUUACCACAAACAGAAGUACACAUCAUACACUAUCAUUAUUACUACAACCAUGAGUACACAUCAUACACUAGGACUAGUACCAUGACCAGAAGUACACAUCAUACACUACUCAUAUUACCACGACCAUGAGUACACAUCAUACACUAGUACUAUUACCACAAACAGAAGUACACAUCAUACACUAGUACUAUUACCACGACCAUGAGUACACAUCAUACACUAGUACUAUUACCACAAACAGAAGUACACAUCAUACACUAGUACUAUUACCACGACCAUGAGUACACAUCAUACAUUAGUACUAUUACCACAAACAGAAGUACACAUCAUACACUAUUAUUAUUACCACGACCAUGAGUACACAUCAUACACUAGUACUAUUACCACAAACAAAAUUACACAUCAUACACUAGUACAAUUACCACAAACAAAAUUACACAUCAUACACUAUUAUUAUUACUCCAACCAUGAGUACACAUCAUACACUAGUAAAAUUACCACAAACAAAAUUACACAUCAUACACUAUUAUUAUUACCCCGACCAUGAGUACACAUCAUACACUACUAUUACCACAAACAGAAGUACACAUCAUGCACUAUUAUUAUUACCACGACCAUGAGUACACAUCAUACACUAGUACUAGUACCACGACCAGAAGUACACAUCAUACACUAUUAUUAUUACAACGACCAUGAGUACACAUCAUACACUACUACUAUUACCAUGACCGGAAGUAUACAUCACAGAUGACUAGUAAUACUGCUCUUGCCAGCCGUUCAAUGUUUGUCUCCCUCUCCUUGGUGUGUCCUCCAUGUAUAAACAUGUAAAUUAUCACUUGUAAAUUAAAAAUGUGUAAAUACUUACAUUGAAUGUGUACUUCAAAGUGUAUUAAAAUGUACAAAUGUGA